AUGACGGGCUCCCAGCCUGAGGCCCUGGCAGCCGUCCUCCUCGCUCAACACCGCGCCGCUUUCAAGGCAGACGUCGCCGCCGGCCGCGCCAACCCGCUCAAUAUCCCCUACCACUUCGUCCCGGCAUUUGUCCUGCCCAUCCUGUACAUGGCCCUGCCGCACACGAAGCGCCCUUGGCUCUACACCGCCCGCUGGCUCGUCCUAGCCGUCGUCAUCCUGUUCAACCUCGACAUGGUGCGUACCACGUCGAGCACCAACGUGGCCAUUGCCUACGUCACGGGUCUGUGGGCCGUUUGGAGCAUCAUGCACAACCUGACCAUGCUCGUGUGGAUGCGCCCGCAAUUUGACGCCGAGAGAGUGCGCCGUCAUCCCAAAUUCCCGAGGCCAGCUUCGAAAUCGACCGUCUCCAACGGACACGCCGCCCACCCCCCGAAAUCCUCGCAGGUGAGAGCAUGGGCUCCCGGUGCCGAUGUCGAGAAGUACGACUACACCUGGCAAGCGUUCCCUGCCUCGGCCCCUUUUUCCGAGCGCCUUUACUGGUCCUUCGAGCUCUUCGCCAGCUUCCGCGGCGCCGGCUGGUCCUGGGCCAUCCCCACUAUCCCUUCGCCGCAGCGGCCCGAGAAACCCCUUUCGGGUGAAAAGGUGCGCAUGGACACGGUGCCACUCGUGACCCACGCCGGCUACGCGACCUACCCCACCGAGCGGGCCUUCAACGUCGCCAAGCUCCGCGCCGUCGCCGUCGCCUACCUGGCCCUCGACGCCAUCAAGGUCGGCAUGAUGAAGGACCCUUACUUUGUACUUGGCUCCACCGCCGCCGCCGCGUUGCCCCUGCCGCGCCACCUCGCCCUGCUGCCGCUGUGGCUCGUCCUCGUCAUGCGCCACCUCAUGAUCCUGUCCGGCCUCUACGCCGCCAUCGCCUACCUGCUGUCCAUGCACGACCUCGUCCAGCGCCACGUCGUCUCGCGCUUCAUCCCCGCCCGCGCCGAGCUCUGGCAGUACAGCUCCGUCUUCGGGUCCCCCGUCGCCGUCCUCGAUCGCGGCCUCGCCGGCUUCUGGUCCGCCUGGUGGCACCAGACCUUCCGCAUCGACUUUGCCGGACCCGGUGCCUUCCUCGUCAGAAUGGGCCACCUCGCGCCGCGGUCGCCCGCCGCUCAGCUCAUCGGCCUCGCAGCCGCCUUUGUGCAGUCCGGUCUCCUCCACGGCUGCGGCAGCUUCACGGCCGUGCCCCGCACGACGGUCUGGUACCCCAUGGUCUUCUUCGCGCUCGCCGGCGUGGGCGUCGCCGUGCAGCGCGCCGCGUGCAGCGCGCUCACUCCCUGGAUCGCGGGCUUGCCUCGGUCGGUGCGGCGCGCGGGGAAUCUGGCUUUCGUGGUGCUGUGGCUGCACGCCACUGUCUGGCCUGUGGCCGAAGAUUUCACCAUAUCGGGUGUGUGGCUUUUUGAGCCGGUGCCCGUGUCAUUUGUCAGGAUGCUCGGGGGCGGGCAGGUUGAUCACGCCGUCUGGAGGAUCGAUUGGGAUGCGUGCCCGCAUUGGAUCCAGGGGAGGCAUUGGUGGCAGAGCGGCUUUGGGGGUUAA